UACUUCCUCUUUGAUAUCGAGCAGCUGAGACGACGAGACGAUGGCAGCGAGAAAACGUGCGACCGCUAACCCAGUUGAAUCAAAACCUGCUUCUACAAAAGAAGUGACAGAAGAUGUCAUUAAGACUGACAAUGACAUGUCAUUUCAAGAGAAAAUAGAGUAUAUAGAUCAGGAAAUUCGCAAGCUUCACGUCUUCUGUGUCAACUCUGGCUACAGCUCAUCUCAGAUUGAGAGAUUUGUCGACCCCUUCACUCAGUCGAUAAAAUCCGUGAACAGGGAACGAUGGACACGACGAGCGAUACGUCUUGCAAUCUUCGUCGUUGUUGCUGCUGCCUUGUUCUAUAUCGACCCAGUCUACAAGCUGAUGUGUGUUGUUGGAAAGAAAAGCGCAAUCUCUGUGUUGCCAGUGUGGGACUGGACCAAGAUCUACCACUCGUCCUGUCUUGUGGACAACCCUCUCUACACCGGUGGGCAGCUCACGUCGGAGGAUUGUGAGAUGUGCGAGAGUCUGACUGGCAUUGAACGAGUGUCGAGUUUGGAGAAGGAAGAUAUACUAGACCUGUACUUGAAAAGGGAUCACCCGGUCAUUGUCGAGGACGGGACCAGGGGAUGGCUUACUCCAGACGAAUACAGCAUUGCCAAGAUAGCUGAGGCAUACCAGUUGAGCAGUGUGUUGAGAGAGCAUAGCAGCUGUGGCUUCAGCAGCAAUCUCCGCCAACAGUACAAGGAGCACCGCAAGCUCCUCAACAAGGCAGCCAAAGGGGAAGUCAGCAACUACUUCGCACACUGGGAGAACUGUUUCCCGGAUGCUGCCAAGGCGUUCCGAUAUCUCUACAAGCGGCCCUACUUCCUGCCUCCUACAGUGGAGAUUGGCAUCAACAACCAUGUUUUCAUAGCUUCCAAUUAUACAGGGAAAGUCCCCAAACGAAUAGAUAUGUCGCAGUCGAUGUUGGUGUUGGCGCAGGUGAAGGGGACGAUGCAGGUGACGGUGCGGCCACGGGAUCCCUGCAACACUGUCUGUGAGAGCAUGACAGAGACACUAAAAGAGGGAGAGAUAUUCGUGGCGACAGACUUGCUGUGGUCGUUAGAGUACAUUCCAUAUGCAAAGGAUGAGAGCAUAUCAAUCGGCCUCGGAGGUUCAUUCGACUAGAACUGUGCUGCCGCAACUCCUUGAUCUUCCAACCAAAUAGCUUGCUAGGUGUUGUUGCUCUCUGAUGUUAAGUUUAGUGCUCAAAUGUUCAAUAUUUACAUCAUGCUUCAGUGUGUGCUAGUUCCAGGGUAUUCAGUGAGAAUGUGGCCUGUUUUUGGUAUUGUAUUUACUGCCAGAUAACUUCUAAAAACAGACAAUUAGGAAUAAACGGAUACCGGUAGGUAGUGGGGCUGGGAUGGGUAACACGAGUACUCGGGUCAGGUGGGUACUGAGUAGGACCCGGGUACCCACUACCCAUACCCGUGGUUAGUCACAUGAUAAUAUUGUUGAAUGCAAAAAUUAUCUAGAACUCUAUGUUGACACGACAAGUGACAAAUGUUCAAAUUUCUUUCUGACUAUGCACACAUUCCUUCUGACUUUAUAUGUUUGCAUAAAGAUAAAGCUUCAGUCAACUUCAGCUUAUGCAUGACCAGAUAGGUUUAUACAAACUUCAAACUUUUCCCAAUCAGACAUUUUGUACCUAAAUUUGGGACCUACAGCGGGUACCCGUGUAGGGUCGGGUAAUGGAGGGAUGGGUACCCGGGUAGUAAAUUGGGACUCGUCCCAGCCCUAAUAAGUAGAUACAUGAUUGUGUCUAUCAACCACUGCAUACUUGUGAAGUCACACAUUUCAGUGACUGCAGCUGUUGGUCAUUAUUCAGCUUCUGUAGGUUGGCAGCUGUAGGCUAGUAUGCUACUUCAGUUGGUUUACCAUGGUAGCAUGAUUACAAAUUUACAUUACUGAACAAAACAAUAUCUUUCCCCAUUCUACAUUGAAGUCACAUGCACCUGUGACACUUAACGUCAUACAAGCUGUGCAAGCGCCUCAAACAUUCCACUGUGUUUAUUAUAUACUAUUUUGUUUUGUCAAUAUAUGAUUGAGAUUUUUCAUUGAGAUUUCAACAAUUGUUUUUCUUCCAAGGUCCAUUCAUUUUUAUGAUUUGGUUAUUUGUUAGCUUUGUUUUUUUCCUUGAUAUUAGAAAAACAUUAAACAUACCACGAUAUGUUUGGGCAUCCAGAUUGAAUUUUCCUUCUUAGGGCUGUAAUGAUUCAAGUAUUAGUUGUGACAUGAUAAGUAUGAGUAUAAGUAUUUUAAGACAUAAUUUUGAUAUGAUGAGUAUCUUUAUAGUUAGGUCUCAGUGUAAACUCAAGUAAACCAUGCACAGAUUCAGAGGGAGUGUGUACCCUGCUUUCAUUAUGACAAAUAAAAAACAAAACUAAAUCGUUUGGUGGCAUGAUUUCAAGAAGAAUUACAAUUAAUUGACUAAGUUUUGGCAAACAACAUCAUAUUGUUUUCCGUCAAAUUGUAUUUCAAGUGCACCCCCAAAAAGUUGUAUGUGUGCUUGUAAACAUAAGUGCUUCAACAUACAUUCAUAAAAUAGUAUUCAAAAAUUCUGUUUCAUGCCAGAUGUCAGAUCCUCUUUCCACUUUUCUCAUUACAUGACGUCAUGGUGUGGUUACUGUGUCACAACACAAGUAUCAGCAUGUCCCAAUACUUCCUUGAAUCAUGGCAGCAAACAUGUGGCGACAGAUUGGUGACAAACUCCAGCUCUUCUCAUGGGCUAUGUAACCUGUAUCUGCUGGUUGUCGCAGCCACUGAUAGGAUUAGGCGUUGAGGAAAUUGUGGCCUGAUCUUUAUUAGAAUCUGUCCGUAACUCUAUUUCCUGUUUCAUCAUGUAAACAUGAUGAAGGGGAAGUUGUGUUGUGCUUGUACUUGUCAUCUUCCAUAGGCAAGGAAGUUAACUGACUUUAAAAGUCCAGUUUUAAGUAUAGUAUAUAACAAACUUCUCAGUUUUGUUUGAAAAUCUAAAACCUUGCUCAAGUUUUAACAUUUUAAACCAAAACUGAGGAGGCGUGUUUUAUCCAACUUAUAAACCAUCUAAAUGCAAGUAAUAUUAGAACAAACACUUGCAGCAUGGACCAGCUGGAGUCAUGACAUGUAAAACUGAACAAGUUUUCAUCCCCUGCCCCAGUGGGUCAGUAGGAAAACAGUGAGUUACAAAACUUUGCAGUUGCAGGUUCGAUUCAUGUCAUGGCAUUUUCACGUAAAAAACAUUGUGACUUUAAACCAAUCAGAAAUGAAUAUUGUGUUUAUAUCAAGAGGCCAGUUUAUGAAAAGUCAAUUGUAAAACCUAGGUAUUACAAUUGAAAUGUAAAACUUCAAAGCAGGUUCAGAAGUGAUCUAUUUAAAACCCAGGUUUGGAAGAGAACCGCUUCAAAACCUGGGUUUGAUAGAUGAGCUGGUUACUAGGUUUUCCCGAGGUUGUCAGGAACCCAAUGCAAUAUAGGGUAAUGUGGUGAUAGGUUUAUAAAGUCAGUUAACUCCCUUGCCUCGGGAAGAUGGUACUUGUUGACAGUUUAUGUAAAUGUAGCAUUGCACAAUUUCCAGGAUAAAAUUUCACUGAUGAAAUUUAUUUUAAGAUAAUUAUAUGUACUGAAAUUUGUGUAUGUUUUACAAAUGUUUUGAAUGGGUUAAGACAAGGAUUUUCAUGACGUGGUUAAUACUUUUAUGGAUAGUUUUAUAGAUCACCUUGACCACAUUUCCAUUCAAACACAAUGCAGGAGUCCUGAAUCUCUGGUUUACACAAAUAUUUAUCAUGUAUUUAUGUGAACAUUGUGUUGAUUUUGUUGAUUGUGUUGAUUUGAAGUUAUUUUCCUUGUCCUGUUUGUUAAUUUGAGGAAAUCCAUUUUUUUCAAUCGCUUAUUUUACUGUUUUUGUGCACUUAUCUGUACAAAUGACUUGACUUUUAUUUACCGGAAAGUAUCUGCACAAUUGAAAUUGAUCAUUGUCAGUAGGUGUCAAUAAAGCAUGCUUAGUUUAAGAACCAAUAAAAUAUGUGUGUUGUUUCCUACAACA